GCAAAAAAAUAUUAUUUUAUCAUUCAAUAUGAAGUUUCUCUGUCUUUUGCUACUGAUUAUUUGCAUAAAUAUAUAUUUUGUAGUUGGUUUGGACAACUUGGAUGAUUUCGAAUUUUACCAUAGGAAAAAUAGAAUAGUUGGCGGUAUAAAUGCUUCUAUAAAUAGUUUACCGUAUCAAGCCCAGCUUCUUCAAAAUGGUCAUUUGAUUUGUGGUGGAACUAUAAUUUCAAAAUUAUGGAUUGUAACAGCUGCUCACUGUAUUUACAAAUCUAAACCAGUUUGGUCAAUUAUUGUGGGAUCAGCAGAUGUGUCAACUGGUGGAGAACAUCAUAAAAUUAGUAAUAUAAUUGUACACCCGAAAUAUGAUAAUCAAACUGAAGACAAUGACAUUGCUCUAAUCAAGCUAGCUAAACUUAUUGUGUUUAACCGACACAAAAAAUCUGUUCCUCUAGCUAUAGUACCACCGAAGACUGGAGAUUUAAUGAUAAUUUCUGGAUUUGGAAAAUUAGGCGAAUAUAAAGGUUAUCCUUUAAUUUUGGAAAAAGCAACGGUUAUUGUAAGUGACCACGCUGCGUGCAAAAUCAAAUACCAAGGUGAUCCGAUUACGGAUAAUAUGUUUUGUGCGGGUGCAGGUGUCACCGAUGCUUGCCAAGGUGAUUCUGGAGGUCCAGGUAUCAUCAAUGGUUAUUUAGCUGGUGUUGUAUCCUCCGGGAUGGAAUGUGCCUCCAUAUAUUAUCCGGGAAUAUAUACAAAGGUAUUUAACUACCACAAAUGGAUAAUUAAAACUAUGAGGACCAGGAAAUCAGGAUUUCAAGAAAUACUGCGUCAUAGCUUUUUUGGGAAAUUAAUAGAACAUUUGUUUACAAAAAUAUAAAACAUUUACAAAAAAUUACUUUUUAA